AUGCGAGGAGAACGAGGUGAGUGCAAAAAAUAUCAACCUACAAAUUUCGCGUCAGCAAACCCCACCUUGACGCAUUUCUCGUGCCCCUUGGGCCAAUUUGUCGAGUAUUUUCGAUUUAUUAUAUAUUUUUACAACUUUUUUCUCUCCUCGAAACAUAACAUUUGUUGUGUGUGUUCAUUUCAAUUUAGCCUAACUCACCUCCCGGUCAAAUGAGAGAAAAAAGAGCACAAGACACUUAUUACAACUCUUUCCCCGAUUUUUUCGUGUUUUUUUUUGUUUUCUAUCAGAGAAAAUUACUAUUUUUAAUUUUGGAACUACAAAAUAUACGUCAACCUCACUCUUUACUGACGCAUUUCUCGUUUUUGCAGCCAACUCAUUUUCAUACCAUCUUCCAUCUUCUCAUUUUUCAUCAUCAAAUGGCUCAGCUUUAACUACAACUUCAGAACGACAUCCACUUUUGGCGCCAAAUUCAAAUUCAAACAAUUUUUAUAUUGAUUCAAGUAAUUGUCGAUAUCAUAGGAACAAUAGUCAGCUACAGCUACAGUACCCACAAUCAAAUUAUAGUACGGUAGGUCAAAGGGGAAAUGUACUUCUAGUAGCCGACUACAGAAAAUCCUUUUUUCUCUGCACUCUCUCAAUUUAAUACAUAGGCGCUGCUUAUUUAAAAAAAAAAGGGGCGGAGCUUAGCAGCGCCUAUGCAUUAUUUGGAGAGACGCAGAGAAAAAUAAGCAGCGCCCAAAUUUCUCCAUUGAAAAGUGGGCGCUGCUUAUUUUUCUCUGCGCUCUCUCAAUUUAAUACAUAGGCGCUGCUUAUUUUCAAAAAGUGGGCGGAGCUUAGCAGCGCCUAUGUAUUAUUUUGAGAGACGCAGAGAAAAAUAAGCAGCGCCUAAAAUUGCCUGUUUUUCUCUGCGUCUCUCAUAGGCGCUGCUUACAUCUACUGACGCAUUUUAUGUAGCUACCAAAAUGGCGUCAGCAAACCCCUAUGGCGCAAUUUUUGUAGCUAAACCUGAUUUUUUGGCGCCAAAAUUCCCAAAAGAGUGAUUUGUCUUUUUUUUUUUUUUUUUUUGAAAAAACCUAGAUAAAAAAGUACCUGGGUAUUUUCACUACUUUUUUGGCGUCAGCAAAAUUCUAUAUAAUUGCUGACGCAUUUCUAGUAGCCUACCAAAAACACGUCAACCGCAAAUGUUCCUCUCUUCCAGAUGAAUGGCUACGGUCCACGAAAACCCGCUCCACCUACAGUACCUCACCGUAACCCGUUUGCAGUCCAACAACAACAACCAAGAAGGUACAGUACAGUAACCCUACAGUAACCCCACAAUUUUUGUAGGCCGCCCAUUGAAGCAGAUGAGGAGGAUUCGAUCAAUUGCUCGCCUUGUUGUGAUGACCCAAAUGUCAGGUACGGUAGCUACAGUAACCCUAGAGUACUGUAGAUUUCAAGGGCCCCGAAUUUGAUCUAUCUACAGUAACCCUCCUAGAGUACUGUAGGUUCAAAAAGUUCAAUUUUUGCUCACACAUUUUCAAGUAUUUAGCAGAGUUCAUUUUUUCUCUGCUUCUCUAACCGCUCUCCUCUUUCUCUGCACUCUCUCACCGCUCUUUUCUCUCUCUUUUUUUUAUCUUUGCAAAAAAAAAAUUUUUUUUGGGCGAAAAAAUUUCAUUUCGAAAAUUUCGUAUGUUUUGAGAACACUGUGAAAUUGAUAUAUUUUUUUUUGGAAAAAAAAAUUUUUUGAUUAAAAAAUAUUUCUAGAUAUGAAAUUCGAGGAGAUACUGUAAGUUUUUUGAAAAAAAAUGUGUGGAAAAAAUUUUUAAGCCGAUUUUCGGUGAGAAUUACAUGGGGGAUUAUUUUCUUAUCAAUUUUUCCCGGAAAAAUUCAACUUUUUCCCGGGGAAAGUUGAUUUUCCACGUGGAAAUCGGGAAUUUUUCCAAAAUCUCAGAAAUUCCCUGUGAUUUUCGAGUUCCCCAUGAAAUUCCGGUCAGUUUGAGUAUAAACAUCACUAUAUUUGAAGAAAUUUGAAAAUCCACCUACAGUAGUGGGUCCCACCACGAAAAUUUGCAAAUCUACAGUAACCCCAUCAUGUUUAGACUCAAAAUUCCCCAAAUUUCACGGCGAAUCCAAAAAAAUCAAUGAAAAUUCCCGGGGACCCCUGGGAGACCUACAGUACUCUAGAAAAUAUUGAUUUUUUCAGCCGCACCCUAAAAGCGCUGGUCCUGGGACAAGUUUUAUCGUUGUGUUUGUGCGGGACGGGAGUUUCGAGUCAACUUUUGGCAGAUCGUGGUGUAAAAGCGCCGGCAGGUCAGUUUUAGGUCAAAAUUUCAGAAUUUUGACAAAAAAUCUGAAAUUUUCAGCCAAAACUGUCCAAAAACAGUGAUUUUCAGCCAUUUUCAGCCGAAAAAUGUCUGAAAUUUUUUUUGCAGCUCAAAGUUUCACCAACUAUUUCCUACUGUGCUUUGUGUACUGUGUCAGUUUGGCGUGUAAAACCGAUGAGGAUGGAUUAUUGGAUGUUUUGAGGAAAAGAGGAUGGAGGUAUGCUCAAAAAUCUACAGUACUCCGAGUUCUAGAAACUUUCAGAUGUUUUACUUGUGAUUUUUGGGCUCCCCGUGAAAUUUGGGGAAUUUUGAGUAUAAACAUGAUGGGGUUACUGUAGAUUUGCAGGUUUUCGUGGCAGGACCCACUACUGUAGGUGCUCCAAAAAUAGUGAUGUUUAUACUCAAACUGACCGGAAUUCCACGUGGAAUCUCAUGGCAACAGUGAAAUUUCAUGAAAAACCACCGUACUCCUACAGUAUUGGGUCCUGCCACGAAAACCUCCAAUUCUACAGUAACCCCCAUCAUGUUUAUACUCAAAAUUCCCCAAAUUCCACGUGGAUGCCAAUGAGCUACAGUACUCUUCUUCCAGAUACCUGGUUUUGGCAAUAAUCGACGUGGAAGCGAAUUAUAUGAUUGUGAAAGCGUAUCAAUACACAAAUCUGACAUCGAUUCAAUUAUUGGAUUGUGCCACAAUACCUACAGUACUCUUUCUAUCCUGGCUAUUUUUAUCGGUUCGAUAUUUGGCAACACAUAUUAUUGGUGAGUGGGUUACUGUGGGUUACUGUGGGUUACUGUAGACCCGGCCGGAAAUUUGGAGCAUUUUGAGUGUAAAUAAGGGGGGGGGGGUACUGUAUGUUCCUUUAAUUAUUAAUAGGUUGCUCUUCUUAGUUAAUAUGAGCAAUGCUGCUUUAAAGGAACACGAAACUUUAAAAAAUAGAUUAACAUGAGCAAUUCGGAGCAUUUUGAGUGUAAAUAAGGGGGUACUGUAUGAUCCUUUAAGAAUAUGUUACUUUAAAAGUUGGAAAUUGCAUUGCUCAUGUUAAACUGAAUCUAAUAGAGAUUAAUAUGAGCAAUGUUAAAGGCACACAAAGUAUUUUGACUAAUAUGAGCAAUGCAAAAAUCUACAGUAACCCCAUCUUGUUUAUACUCAAAAUGACCGGAAUUCCACGUGGAGUCUCGUAAAAAUCAUUAAAACUUCUGAAAUUUUCUAGAAAUUCAGAAAAAUCGAAGAAUCUGGAUUUUCAGAACCUAAACUUCGAUCUUCUGAAAGUUCUAGAAGUUUUCAGAAUUCCACGUGGCUUCCAUUGGAUUCCCCGUGAAAUUUGUGGAAUUUUGAGUAUGAACAUGAUUGGGUUACUGUAGAUUUGCGAAUGGAAUCUGAAACCACGUGGAAUCUGAAAAUGGCUGAAAUUUUUUGCAGGUGUCACAAUUUGCCUGGUCGGAAUUGCGUGUGUGAUUUGGGCCGAUGCGUUGGGCGAUAAGAAUUCGCUGGAUGGUAAGGAAAUUCCAAAUUUUCAGCUGGAAAAUCGAUUUUUGACCAAUUUUAGGCUGAAAAUUUCAGAUUUUCGGCUCAAAAAUCACCAUUUUCAGCUAUUUUCAGCUAAAUUUUUUUUCAGACGAUUCCAACAAAGUUCUGGGUGACUUCCUGUGCCUUGCCGCAGCUGUUCUAUACGCGAUUUGUAAUGUGGCUGAAGAAUUUCUAGUCAAACAAUAUUCACGAACCGAAUAUUUGGGAAUGUUGGGACUUUUUGGUUGUAUUGUGUCGGGUAUUCAAUUGUGAGUUUUUUCGCGGAAAAAUUUGAAAUCCACGUGGAAUUUGGAGCAUUUUGAGUAUAAACAUGAUGGGGUUACUGUAGGGGUUUUCGUGGUGGGACCCAAUACUGUAGGAGUACGGUGGAUUUCCAUCAAAUUUGAAUGUCACCAUGAGAUUCCACGUGGAAUUCCGGGCAGUUUGAGUAUAAACAUUUUUUUAUUUUUUUUUGGAGCACCUACAGUAGUGGGUCCCACCACGAAAAUCUCCAAUUCUACAGUAACCCUAUCAUGUUUAUACUCAAAAUUCCCCAAAUUUCACGGGCAAUCCAAUGGAAGCCACGUGGCCUUCUGAAAUCUUCUAGAACUUUCGAAAGAUCGAAGUUUAGGUUCUGAAAAUCCAGAUUCUUCGAUUUUCCUUGAGUUCUAGAAUUUUACAGAAGUUUUGAUGAUUUUCACGAGAAUCCACGUGGAAUUCCGGUCAGUUUGAGUAUAAACAUCACUACUUUUGGACCACAUAAAUUUUCAAUGGUCCCACCAGCAAAACCUACAGUACCCCUAUCAUGUUUAUACUCAAAAUGCUCCAAAUUUCACGGCAAAUCCGAAAAUUCCAUUUUCAGAGCAAUUUUCGAGCCACAAAAUCUGGAAUCUGUAAUCUGGGAUGGUCCGACAAUCGCCUACUUUGCUCUUUUCGCAUUUUCCAUGUUCAUUUUCUACAGUUUUGUUACCGUAGUCCUUCAAAAAACCUCAGCUCUAAUGUUCAAUUUAUCCACGUUGACAGCCGAUUUUUAUUCCCUUCUUUUUGGCAUUUUUUUGUUCAAGGAUACGGUAGGCUACAGUAAUCAGACUGCAAAAAUCGAUAAUUUAUAUGUUUUUGCAGUUCCAUUAUUUGUAUUUUGUAUCGUUUGUGAUUUGCAUCAUUGGAAUGAUCAUUUAUUCGCUGCGAGAUACACAGGUACGGUAGAUUUGGGGGGUUUUCGUGGUGGGACCCACUACUGUAGCUGGAAAAUGUUUGUAGUCCAAAAAUAGUCAUGUUUAUACUCAAACUGACCGGAAUUCCACGUGGAAUUCGAAUUUUGAUACUAGAAUUUCAGAACAAUUCUAGAACUCUGGAAAAACACGAAAAUCUACAGUAACCCCAUCAUAUUUGGUCUCAAAAUGACCCAAAUUUCAAGUAGAUUAUGAAAAUCCCUAAAUCUACAGUAACCCUGUCAUAUUUAUACUCAAAAUGACCAGAAUCACAAAAUCAACCUUAAUUUAGCCUAAGUCAACAGUAAUCCUAUCAUAUUUGGUCUCAAAAUUAUCCAAAUUCCACGUAGAUCAUAGAUCACCCACAUUUUUUGCAGACACGCGACGCAGACGAGCCGCGUCGCGUCUGCCCGUGCCUCUUCUUCUGCUGCUGCUGUUGUUCGUGUUGUUUCGAGGAUGGCGAAAGUGUCGAGGGUUCCAUCGAUGUUUCGCCAACUCCAAAUGAGCGAAUGCAAAUGGGCCUGAACCCGAGAUAUUCGCUAAGUCCGUGUCCAGUUCAUCAUCAUCAGAAUCAGAAUUCAAAUCCGGAUAAUAAUUUGACUAGACUCUAG